AUGUCCACCAUCAUCAGCUCGAUUGUAUCCACAUAUGAGAGCCGUUCGAUCGCUUCUAUGCAGCCCUCAUUGUACGAUUUCAAGCCCAACCAUGUUCGGAUGGCUUCGAUGUCUGGCUGGACUUCCUCGAUGUACUCGCCGAGCCUGUCUGGCUCUGAAAUGGUCGAUGUAGAUGCGUCCUGGAAGAAUCUGGACACCUUGCCGUUGUCCACAGAGAAAGUUGGCGGAACCAGCGACACCGGCCGGCUUGCUGUGCUCUUGAAGUUGGACUUGCUCGUGGACGAAACAGAAAUCAACGGGUUGUCGUCCGUUAACGAGCCAGAAAGAACCGUCGCCUUGUGUUUGGCCACAUACUCCUGCUCGUAUUGGUCCACGGUUGCCAUGUCGACCGCACGGUUGUCCGCCUUGAGCUUGCGGAACCGUUCCUUGUUGAUCUUGAUGAACGCCUCACCCUUUCGGAUCAUGUGCUUGUACUCAUUCACCAAGACGUCGUUGUCUGGGGUGAUGGAACGCAUGGUGCGCAAGAAGUUGAGGUGUUUCGUCAGUCCGUCGUUACUCUCCGAAAGCAUUGCCAGCGUCCGGAACCAAUGGUUGAACUUAAACACCUGGAAUAUCGGGUAG